AUGGCGCAAGAAUGUUUGCCAGAGUCCUACGUUAUGCGCACGUGGAGGCCAUAUCCCGUCAUGGCGUGGAUCCUGUGGGGCGCGCGCUCAGGCUAUGGCAAGAGUAAACCUUCCAGUGUGUUUCUCAACAAAGGGCGGCCGGCGCAGCGGCCCGCUCCUCGCCUGCAGCCCCAGCAGCGGCAGCGGCUGCGGCGAUGAGCCAGCGCUUCGGCUGCUAGCCUGCCCGCGCCCGCGCCCCGCCCCGCACUCCGCACCGCCCCCACGAGCGCUGGUCCUGCCAAGAAUCUGGGCACAGGUUGGACAACGGCACCCUGUUCUGGAGAAUCCACUUGGACCAGGACCUCUUUGACACGAUUAUCGCCAUUUAUCCGGAGUGGUUCAAAGACUACAACGUGAAUCGGGCGUCGACUAUGGCCGAGGGCGGGAGCGGCAGCAGCGGCGCCUCCCCCGAGCCCGGCCCUGCGGGUCCCGCUGGCCCCUCCCCCGCCGGCUCCUCGGCGCACGCCAGCCGCGGCCCGCUGCCGCUGUCGCCGCCCAAGGCGGAGGUGGACGACUCCCCCUUGCAGAAGUCCAUGGACAAGAACAAGGAAUCUCUGAAGGUGAAGCUGAUGCUCCGGCGGCCCAUCAACCAGUUGGUGGCGCAGGGCAUCAUGCCACCUCUCAAGACACCACCUGCGUUUCAUGAACAAAGGCAAAAGUUAGAACGUGCCAAAAUGGGUGACUUGUUGAAAGCAAAGAUCCAACAACGUCCUGAUCGUCAGGAAUUAGUACGACAACACAUUUUAGAAGAUGUUGGACAUGUUGAUCCAUCACUUGCGGAGCGGCAACGAAUGCUGAAAAAGGCUCGUCUUGCUGACUCUCUCAACGAUCAGCUUUCUCAUAGACCAGGCCCUCUUGAACUAAUCAAGAAAAAUAUUUUGCACACUGAAGAACCCAUUGAGAGAGCAGUAAAAGAGGGUGUUAUACCAUUCAAAGCAACCAGUGAAGGACAGGUGACCAAGCCACAACAUCCCAACAGAUAUAUAACAUUUGAAGAAGAUUCUCAGAGUUCAGAAGGAGCACAGUCACCUCUGCAAACACAACCAUCAACAAGUUUACCUGAAGUGCGAUCCCAACCUGAUGUGUUGGAAGCUGCUGCGGCCUCAGCAGGUAUUGUGACAGUUGCUCUGACCAUCCCAACUGCAGGAGGUGCUGUGGUGGUUACAUCUGCCACUCCAACCGUGCAACAUCAGUCCCUGACUGCAUCCCCUGCACAUACUGUCAGUGUUAGUGCAACACCAAUUGAACCUCAGCCUCCACAGUCAUUGACAUUUGCGGACUUAUGCAGCAGUGUUGUGGGAGGCACAAGCCAUGGACUGGCUCCAGCUCCAAGCCCAAUGAGUCUUGGUUCUACUACGUCAAGCUUAAGUCCUCUGAGUUCAAUUUCAGUGUCAUCCCCUCCAGCUCCCCCUACUCCUUCACCGACUGUUACCAUUACCCCCAGGCCUGCUCCUCAGCCUUCUCCGAUCUCAGUGGUUUCGUCUCACCGAUCAGAUGCACCUGGGAAAGACAAAAAUCGUAAGAAAUCUAAAAGUAAGGCACAGCCAAAGACACGGACCAUCAAGUUUCAUGAAUACAAAGGACCACCAAAUGCUCACAAAUCUGCUCCUAUAAAUGCUUCCCCUGUGGAAACAUCUUAUGAACUUCUCCUUCAGCAACAGCAGUUGUUCCUUCAGUGGCAGCUUGAGUGGCAACAUAAGUACCCUCAGAUCAUCUUGCCAGCUUCCCAAAAGCCCCUUGCUGUGAGUUCAGAUGCAGGAAAUAGCCAACAGCCAACAACACCUGCGUUGUCUGGGCUUAUUGCUGUAACUUCCCCUGCGUCAGCACAGCAUGCCACUUCUCCAGUGGCUCACAGCCCAGGUGCUGCCCAGCCUGCCACUCCUGCGCCUGCUUUGCCCACUGCACAGCCUUCAGUUCCACAGUCAGCUACUCCAGUUCCAAAUCAAGAGUCUUCCACUCCACAGAGCUUUCCCACCUUUAGAACUCUCACAAAGUUGGAAGAUAUGAAGGUGAGUGACCUCAAAGCCGAGCUCAAGCGUCGCAACUUGCCCGUGUCUGGUUCGAAGCCCCAGCUGAUAGAACGCCUCAAGCCUUACAGUGAUGCAUCUCAUCAGCACGACAGCCAAAACAACCAAAACAGCCAAAACAACCAAACAACAACCAUUCCAAUGAGCCAUAUGGGACACAUAAUCAUGGACACCCAUGGUUCAGUCAUGAAUGAAGAGUCUCUCCCUGGGGAUACUCCUGUAUCACCACCUUCACAACAAAUGUCUUUAACUGUGGAGAAUUCUAUUGGGGAAGAUGAUGUGAGCCUGCCAAACCUAUCGCCUAGCUCAGAGCAGCAACAGCUUUCUCCACUUUCACCCACUAUGUCUCCUGAUGGAACAGCAGAUAUGGAAAUGGAUACAAGUGAUGGAAACCUAGCUGCAUCUACUUUGAAUUCACCAGCAGCUCAGUCUUCUCCUCCUCCACAACCUCCAUCUCCAGCUCAGGGUCAGAUUCCCAUGAGUGAAGAUAUUAUUAGAGAUCAACAACGGAAAAUUGAAGAGUUGCAGCGAGAACUCCUUCGUUCACAGUUACAGUUAAAGAAGAUUAGAAGUAAAGAAUUAAACACAUGCUCACCAGUUCCUCAAAUUGCACAGAAGAAUGCUGUGCCCCAUCAUAAACUUCUCUCUGCAGGGAUGACUGUGAAUACAACCCCAAAUGGGAUUGUUAUUGGUUCUGAUCUUACCCCUAAGCAACAUCAAAAAAUGAUCCUGCAGCAGCAUAUACAACAAAAGAAACAACAGCAGCAGUUGCAGCAACAAAUCCAAGCUUUGCAACAACAGCAACUUCAACAACCUCAGCAGCCAAAACAAACAGCUACUUUUCAACAACAGCAGCCCCAGCAGCAGCAGCAGCAGCAGCAGCAGUCACAACCCCAGCAACAGCAACUAGAAGCUCAGCAAAAACAGUCAACACAACAGCAGCAACAACAGCCACAGCAAGCAUCUCCGCAACAGUCACACUGCCCUCUUCAAAGUCCAACGGGUUUGAGUGCCAAAGCAAGUUUGGCUGCUUUUCUUCAGAAUCAAAGCCAGCAGAAUCAGCAGCUAACAAAUUUGCUGCAUCAACAGAAUGUUGCAUCUAACAAUAAAAAUAAUAAUUGUCCUAUGGCAUCAAAUAAUAAGAAAAACAUGGCUGGUAAAAGUAUUGUUCUUGGUCAACAACAAGCUGCUAUUGUAUUAAAUCAACUCAAUCUUCAAAAACAGAAAACUGCUGCACCAAAUGGUGUAGUGGGGCACCAAAGGACAUCAUCUCUUCCCAACUUUAUUGGUUCUUUCCUUAAUCAUCAGCAGCAGCAAGCACAAUCAUCAGUACAGGCUUCACCACCCUCCGAUGAUAACCAAAAGCCAACAACUGAUGCGAUUCCUCGUAUAACUAAUGAAACUCUUCUCAUCCCUAAACCACCACCACAAUAUGAAGAGGCUACAAAGCAGCUAAAAGUGAAACAGGAAAUUCCAUCUGAUUGUGCUACAAAAGCCAACAUACGGCCGAAGAAUGUGAAGAGUCAAAUGAUGGAUGAUGUGUUGGAGAUCCUCAUAAAAAAUGGAGAACUUCCUCCUAGUGCUGCUCAAGAUCCUGCAACACCAACUACUCCUGGUCGAUCUCUUCCUCAUGGUCUCAUUUUCACAACAUCUGCAACUGCAACCACAACUACAACUACAACAUCUACUGUUAAUGGCCCAGUGGAUACUAUGGUUGCAUCUCCACCUGCACCACCACCUCCACCCCCACCCCCUCUGCCUCACACAACAUUUGCAAUUACUCUUCCGACAUCCAUUACAUUAACAUCCCAGCAAGAUAACCAUGAGUCAAACACUGCACCUUUCCAGAUGCAAUUUACUGGAACCGACACAUUUGAAUUUUUACUCGGUGGCGGUGAAACAAGUGCAAAUAGCAGGUCACAAACUCAAGAUACAAAUCCUGGGCCCGCUCUUACGAGUGAUUUGCCACCACCUUCUGGGAUUGAUUUGAAAGAGUUGGGACUGGACUUAGAAACUCUUGAUUCUAUGGAUUUUGGUAAUUUUGGUGAUUUAUGUGCACCUGUAAAGAUGCCUUCACCAAAUCAUUUAUUGGAAACUGUGACUGAUAUGGAGAUUGGGGGUUCAGGAGAUCCUGUUAACGAUCAGAUCAUUACACCAAAAGAAGAGAUGCUUCAUGAUCAGUUGAUGAACCAGCAAACCUGUGAAUUCAUGGAUAUAGGAGAAAUGCCCAUGGACAUGGAUGAUCCUGAUUGGCUGGAGUCUUUGAUGCCCACUGAUCAAAAUGCAAAUGGCAAUGUUGAAAGUACUUCUGUCAUGACUCCUCCACAUCAAAGUGCAUUCACUAUUCCACCAUCUACUGGAAGCAAUUAUCAUUUCAGUCAUAAUAAUGUUGAUUUGGAUUCAUAUGACCCUUUGUUAUCCAAUAGUCAAGACCCAUUUGAUUUAUUUAAUAUUGAAGACCCUGACUUCAAAAUGUCUGCAGACUUAAAUGCUCUUGGGUGGGACAAAGUGGAUUUUGCUACUUAGCAGAAAAUUGAUUCCCUAGUGGUAUUUUGUAGAGAUGACUUUUUCUCUUGCUCUCUUCAUGCUACCAUGAAAUCAGCUCUCAUAGAGCUGGUAUGAUUUGAAGACUAAACAAAUUAUGUUGUGAACAGCAGUGAAAAGUGACUUUACUUUACUUGGUGGUUCACAGCUAAUGUUUUAAAGUGGGAAGCAGUUUGUUUCUUGCAAGAUACUUGAGGAUAAUUUGCUUCGCAAAGUUUGUGUUUACAUUAAUGGGCAGUAUAGACAUUUGUGUAAAUAUGCAUGAAUUUGCUUUGUGUGAACAUUUGAAUACAUAUACCUGUAUGUACUUCACAAUAUAUAUCUGCCCAGCCAUCGUGUGCGAAUGGAAAAAGAAAAUGCAAAGUAGGUCAAAGAGAAAAGGGAAAUAAUUUUGAGUUUUCAGUCAAAAUAGUAAUUUUGCAACCCUACAUUGUUGCAGAAUGAUACCAUAUUUGGUCAUUUCAGAGGUGUAUGUGAAUUGUUUGUUGUACGCCAGAUAUAAAAUUUAAAAUGUAUUUUUUGCGCCCACUUCAUUUUCCUAUGAAGAGGCCAUGAGAACCUUUGAUUUUAAACUUUCUUGAAAAUUAAGCAUGAAAAUAGAGAAGACACCUCUUUUUACAAGCAAGUGCCUUAGAUAUCAAAGAAAAAGGAUAGGUGGAUUUUAUUUCCUUUAAGCAAAACCACUGCCUCUUGAAGAUGAUUCAACUGCAUUAAUUUGCCUUGGACCAUCAGGUAAUGGAUAAUGAGCAAAAUUAUGCAAGGACCAUAAAGACAAGGAUAUUAUAAAUAUGAAGGACCAGUCUACGUAAAACAGUGAGUUUACGUAAUUAGAUUGUAAGUCAUUCAGGGCAUGUGUCCUUUUUAUUAUUAUUUUCCCUUCAAUAUACAUUUCUUUUGCCUUGAAAAGUUUUCCCUGCAACUUUUGAGACAAAUUAUCUAAGGCUACAUAGUCUCUAAAAUAUGUACUAUGUAUCGUCAAAGUACUUAACCAUAUAAUGUGUAGUUUAGAUUUAUACUUUUCCAAGCUGAAAAACAAAAGAUAUUUCCAAAUAAUGUUUAUAUUACUACAGAUAUCCUGUUGUAGACAUGCCAGUCUCUCUGCUUUAUGCAGUUUGUAGCUUUUAUCAUAUGAAUUUCAUGUAUACAGCCAAAAUAUGUACGUAUCUUACAAAUUUUAAGUUACAAAGAAAUUGUAAACGUAUCUUAUAAAUUUUAUGUAUACAUACACAUUUUGAUAACUAUAAUGAAGCAGAAAGUACACAUGUAUUUCUGGUACUUAACACACUCAUAUUGUGAUGAUAGAAAGGCUUUCCAUUACUUGCUUCCAGUUUAAUCAAGAAAUGACUUUGUUGAUUUUUGGUGAAAUUUGAACUCUUUUGUAGUGAAUGUGUACAUGUUUCUUGAAUGUGUGUGUGUAUGAAAUUGUAUAAUAUGAAAAUGAAUGUUUAUAUGUUCAAGUAUGUAUGCAUAGGUGCAAUUGAAAAUGCAUAAAUGUAUACAUAUAUUUGUCAUUAAUGUGCAGUAUUGUUGAAAAAUGUAUAUAUCUACUGCCUGUGCAUGUAUUUGCUCCAGAAUAUGGUGCAAAACAGGAGAUUGUGAUGUCUGUUGAAAGUAUUACUGUUGUAUUACUUUCAGUGUGGAAAUGAUUUAUUGUCAUCAUCUGCAAUGUCAACAGACUAUGAAGAUAUGUAUUCUUCAGUUUUUAAUAAAUGGUACUGCCCAUAUGUACAUCUCAGCAUGUGAAUGAUGAAUGCUUGUGGGGUUUCAGUUGAAAAAGAUACAUUCUAACUAUCACUCCACAUAUACAAGUGGAGAAUGUGAGGAAUAAAUUUCUAGAAGCAGAGAAAAGAUUAUUGUGUCAGAGAAAAAGAAUGGAAGAAACCUGAGUGUAUUUGUAUGUGAAAAUUUCCUGGUACACUUCGUAAAGUGUUAUCCAUGCUACUAGUUUCUAAUGGGUUUCGUGUGUAUGUGUGCAUGGUAUGAUUUCUUAAAAUACCAUGUAUGACAUGUACAAAUUGCAAAAGAUUGGUGCUCAAAUCUUUUUUGAUGUUUAAAAUAUACUAAUACAAUCACCAUCGGUGCGUUUUAGUGAAAAUUAAUAUUACCGUUACUAAUAAUCAUUUUGAAUGUGUUCACAUGCAUUAAUUACUAAACAUCAUGUUUAGUAUGCUUCAACAACUAAUUCAAGGCAUAACUGAACAACUUCAUUAAAGAGAGAUUUUAUGAAAACUCAUUGAAGUAGUUGUGAUCUUAUUUAGGGUAACACAACAUGAGGACCCAAAAUAUUUUUGCAUGCAACUCACUAGGGAUGUGUGUAUAUUAUAUCUUCAAUUUAAUGUUGCUUUGUGUUUUAGUUGCUGUAUCUGCUGCUUAAACACACAUACACACAUUUACUCAACACUUUGUAGAUAAGAAAUAAGAUUGACAUCUUGUCUGUUUCUUAACAAAACAGAGAAUUAUUCUGUAUGAUAGUGUAGUUAUUGAUGAAAGAAGGAAGGAAGUUGUCUUGAUUUUUAAAUAGCCUAAUCCUUGAAUCAGUUUGUAUGCUGUUUUGGUUAUUGAUUUUAUUUUACAGUUUUGUUUGUUUUAGUGACAUUCCAUGUACAAAAAUGAAAGCUUUCUAGUGGACCUGCUAUGAUUUAUUUUAGUGCAAUUAUUGGGCAGGCUGAUGACUUGCUCUAGUCUCUGGUGCUGUGCAAAAAAUUACACAUUUCUGUCAGAGGACAAUGGUAAUUUAUAUCAAUAGUAAUUUAUAAUUAUAAUAAUUGGACCAUUAAUAUUACUAAAUUACCUCUCUACAAACAUUUUAUUAUGUACUGAAAAAUAUUUACAAUUUGUAUAAUGUUGUCCAUGCCUAGUUCAUUUUUUACUAUAUUUAGUGUUUCUGUUCAGCAUGAUUAUGUUCAUAUUGUUAAUAAUAAUUGUUACCUUAAUUAUUAAUAAACGAAUCAACUUCUGAUACUCUGUUUUAGACUGGUUGUACAUGUAUCAAUUGCAUACACAUUCCAGAAAUGAAACUAUAUCAAAACCAAGCAACCAGAAAAUCCUAUGUUUUCCAAUAUUGUUUUGUUAUAUUUGUGUAGCCUUAGUCCUUUUUAUUUCUUAACUUUCUGUCUAUUUACCUAUAUCUGUGUGUUCUUGUAUCUUGGUGCUGCUCCAGUAGCUAUUACCUAUCCUGUGGUCAUCAGUCUGUCCAAAUAGUGUUCUUAUUGUAUAUUACGUUGCAUGUUUAAAGAACCCUGACUGGAACAAACAGAACUCAGAUUUAGAAGUUGAUGUGGCAACUUUUAUUUCUUUUCAAAAUGACUUCUAUUGUAAAAUUCAGUUUAAAACUUCAAAACACGGGCUUUACUAUCAAAAUAGCGUGCUCAGCAGUAUUUCUGAUAUUUGUAAAUACUGCAUUUCACAUAUGCAUCUCUUCAUUUUCGUAAGACAUAGGUUACAUGAAAAUUGACAGCUCUACAUUAUGUGUUGUAUUAUCAUGUGUGAAAUACCAAAAAUAUCUUGUAUAUGAUAAAAUUGUGAAUAUUGCAGAAUGAAAAAUAUUUGUGUAUGAAAGACAGUUUUCAUUCUUCAGCUCUCUUUGUAGAAUUGUUUACAAAAUUGUUAGGUAUUGUAUUUAAAAUCAUGAUGGACUUACAAUGUAAAUAAAUUCCAGAAGCUGAAAUUGAGCAUGAGGUAAUUAAACUUUGCCGUGUACAUUGUAUUUUGAGAUUUGGCUUGUAGUAUAAUGGUUGUUUAUUUUGAUUCUUCUGUAUCUACAAUGAGUACCUGGGUUCCAGGUUUCUAUCUAAAAAGUCGCUUUUUGUUUGCUUGCUUGCUGACGUGCUUGAUUGUCGUAUGUUUGUGAACAAGGCUAUUUUUCAAGAUAUUGAUCAAAUUAAUGCAGGCCAAUGAAAAUGUAAAAAUAUUUUCCCAAUUAUACAUAUUGAGAAAAUGCUCAUAAUUUAUUCCAUAUUUAUAAUGAAAUUUGGUAAAUGGAAUUCUUAUACAAUUUGGUGUUAUAUUUUACAAAACUACACUAUUUGAUGUUCAUGACCCUGCAAAAUACAAUGCAUCAUUCUUAAUCAAAAGUACCUAAUAUCUAAGGUAUGUGAAUUUCAUUCAUUUUCAAAAACUAAUUUCAAAGUCAGAAAAAAUAAGAUGUAUAAUUUACUUUUGAAUUGUUUUUAUAUCGUAAGAGAUUCUCAAAGAUGAAGUGACUUAAUACUGUAGUUUUAAUUUUACUAUAGAAUAUGUAAAUAUAUAAUGACAGUAACUGCAUUGCACAGAAGAUGAAUACUUAUUUUGACAGUAAAUUCCAAGAUUUCCCUGAAUAUAUGUUUUAAACUUUUAUUCUAUCCUCAAAAUUGUGGUCUGAAAAAAAAAGUUUUUUCGUAUUUUUGUCAAGGAACUAUUUCUCUGUGCAAUUGAUUGUAAAGGUGUGACGUAAUUGUAAAUAUGCUGUUGAAAUGAGACCCUUGUAAUUUGGGUUUGAAUGUGGUAAACUGAAAUAAAAACACACACACACAUUACC